AUGGCGACACGCAAACGAAACGAAUACCUUGACGUCGAGGAAAGCGAGGAUGAGGAGAGGGGCUACGAUUCCGAAGAAGAGAGCAGAGCGCGCAUGCUCCCGGCAUCAAAGCGACAAAAAGUAGACCACGACUCUGAGGACGAAGAACAAGACGAAGAAGUGGAUGGAGAAGAGGACCAAGGUUCCGGCGAAGACGAGGACGACGAGGACGAGCAACACGCGGCGAAGCGCUUUCCAUCCAAGAACGCCGAACUAGCACAUCUCGAGAAACUUGCUGCAUCUCUUCCCUCAGAACUGAAGCUACAAUCCACAAAGCUUGGAAAAGCCUUACCACCAUCGUCACUCAAGAAAGACAAGUCCGGCGUGAUAUACCUCUCGCGCGUCCCACCCUUCAUGAAACCAGCCGUAAUGCGCUCGCUCUUGACACCAUAUGGCGCUGUGGGCCGCAUUUUCCUGACUCCAGAAACCAGUACCUCCCGUACUCAGCGCCUGCGCAACGGAGGCACGCGUCGCAAACUUUUCCUUGAUGGCUGGGUAGAAUUUAUACACAAGCGCGAUGCCAAAUUCGUCGCCGAGAACUUGAAUGCACAGACAAUGGGGGGUAAGAAGAGGGGCAGGUGGCAUGAUGAAGUGUGGAAUAUCCGAUACUUGAGUGGAGUUAAGUGGCACAAUCUGGUCGAGCAGAUCCAGAAUGAGAACGCAGAGCGUGCGGCAAGACUCAGGUUCGAGAUUGCACAGGGCAAGAAAGAGAACAAGGCAUUCUUGGAGAAUGUGGAGAGAGGCAAGGUUGCUAGUGGAAUUGAGGCUACAAGGCGGAAGAGAGGGGAUGAUGUUGACGGUAAUAAUGCGGCAGUGGAGGCAGCAGAAGCAGUGCAGGAAGCAGAUGGGAAGCCAAAGAGGAGGAAGGGAAGGCUAGAGUUCUCGCAACACACGACUACGAGCAAGGCGAUGAAGAAGCCCGAGCCAGGCCAGGAUGUGAACAGGGUAUUGAGUAGUAUGAUGUAA